AUGCCGACUCGACGCGCGCCUCUGGAGCGCGAGAUCGAGGCCGACGGACAAGCCAAGCCGCGAUCGAAGAGAAAGCUCACCAAGGUUCGAGAGAGACAAGCGACCAUCGGGGAAGACUUUCUCCCGGACGCGUUGUCGAGGAAGAUUUUGAGCGAGGCGAAGGAGCUCAGGGAGGAAGUCGAGGCGGACGACGACGAUGAAGACGACGAUGAGGACGAGGAAGGGCGAGAACGUCGACGAGUGAAAAGUGGUGAACAUCGCGUGAAACUCGGUCGGACGCUUGACGCGAAGGAUAAGCAUCUCAGAGACGACUCAUAUCGUUACGGGAGCGACGAAGACGACGAAGACGAAGACGAAGCUGAAGAUGAAGACGAAGACGUCGGGCGAGGACGUCGGGCGAGCGCAUUCGAUGCGGACGGAGAUUGGGACGAAGACGAAAUCGAUGAGCGCGAUGGCGAGUACGAAGAGGCCGAGAUAACCGCCGAGGAGGCGGCGGCGUUGGAGGCGUUUAUGGCGCCGAAAACGGGCAAGGAUAGAACGCUUGCCGACAUGAUCCUGGAAAAGAUUGAAGAGCACGAGCGCGGUGGCGCUGAGACGAUGCGAGACGAGGACGGUGAUGCGAUCCCGGAAGGCUUGGAUCAGCGUGUGAUUGAGAUUUACAAGCAAGUUGGAAAGUUGCUCUCGAGGUACACCACAGGGAAAAUACCAAAGGCGUUCAAGGUGAUUCCAGCGUUGUCGAAUUGGGAAGAGGUUUUGUACAUAACGGAUCCCGAACGCUGGAGUCCGCACGCUAUGUAUGCGGCGACGCGUCUGUUUGCGUCCAAUCUGAACGUAGCGAUGGCCCAGCGAUUUUACAACUUGGUUCUCUUGCCGCGCGUGCGGCAGGACAUUGCUGAUAACAGACGGCUGCAUUUUGCGCUCUACAUGUCGUUGAAAAAAGCGACGUUCAAGCCAGCAGCUUUUUUCAAGGGCAUGCUUCUACCCUUGUGCCAGAGUAGGACGUGCACGGUGCGCGAGGCUGUCAUCUUCAGCUCGGUGUUGCAACGAUGUUCCGUUCCGGCGUUGCAUUCUGCGGCAGUGCUGAUGAAAAUGUCUACAAUGGAGUACGCCGGCACGACGUCAUUCUUUAUGCGCGUCUUAUUGGAUAAAAAGUACGCGCUUCCAUUCAGCGUCGUGGACGCCUUGGUCGAUCACUUUUUGCGAUUCUCAACCGAGGAGCGUGAUUUGCCCGUUGUUUGGCAUCAGACGCUGCUGACGUUUGUGCAGCGCUACAAGGCGGUGAUCGAUAAGGAUAGCAAAAAGCUUCUCUUUAAACUCGUCACGAUGAAGAGCCACUACCUUAUCACGCCCGAGAUACGCCGUGAGCUCGCUCAUGGCAAGUCUCGAGGUGAGAAGGAUGCCAUGGACAUGAGCGGCUCGGGCGGCGCAAUGGGUGGUUUCAGCAAAUCUGUCAAGGUCAAGGCGCUGGAAGAGAGCGCGCGCGACAUGCCAGCCAUCCCAAUGCUCGCGGACGACCAAUAUUAA